UCGUCGGCCUCCGUAGUCAUCACCUUUGUCGACGUUGGCUGCAGUCAGGACUAAACAGGCACCAGCAGUUUGUUGUUGCUAACUGUCCCACGGGAAACAGAGUUGCCUAUUUGGUUACUGGGUUUUAGUGCCUUUAUAUACAUGGUCAACGGGAUAAUACUGUAACGUUACAAUGGCUGCGAAAAUAAACGAAGCCCACGAACAUCUUGCAACUGCAGAGAAAUAUCUCAAGACAAGUUUCAUGAAGUGGAAGCCUGAUUACGAUAGUGCUGCGUCAGAGUAUAGCAAAGCAGCUGUUGCAUUCAAAAAUGCAAAGCAACUGGAGGAGGCCAAAGAGGCAUAUCUGCAGGAGGCAGAGGCCCACACCAACAACAAAACUCUGUUUCAUGCUGCAAAAGCACUUGAACAAGCAGGGAUGAUGCUGAAGGACAUGCAGAGGAUACCGGAAGCUAUUGAAUACAUUGAGAGAGCGAGUGUAAUGUAUGUGGAAAAUGGCACUCCUGAUACUGCAGCUAUGGCACUGGACAGGGCUGGAAAAUUAAUAGAACCGAUGGAUCUCGCCAAAGCAGUGGACCUCUACCAGAAAGCUGCAUAUGUAUAUGAGAAUGAGGACCGGCUUCGGCAGGCAGUUGAAAUGCUGGGAAAGGCUUCCAGGCUCCUUGUUAGGCAACGCAAGUUUGAGGAGGCAGCCGUGUCACUUCAGAAGGAGAAGAACAUGUACAAAGAAAUAGAGAAUUAUCCAACAUGUUUUAAGAAAACCAUCGCACAAGUGCUCGUCCAUCUUCACAGGGCUGAUUUUGUGGCUGCUGAUAAAUGUGUCAGAGAAAGUUACAGUAUCCCAGGGUUCAAUGCGAGCGAGGAUUGUAUCGCUAUGGAGCAGCUGCUACAGGGCUACGAUCAGCAGGAUGAGGAUCAGGCGUACAGAGUCUGCAACUCCCCAUUACUCAAAUACAUGGACAACGAUUACGCUAAGCUGGCUAUCAGCCUGAGAGUGCCGGGUGGCGGUAACAAGAAGAAGGCCCCGGCCGCUGCUAGCGACGCGGGAGCGAGUGCAGCCCAGCCUGACGAGGAGGAUGACGAGUAUGCCGGGGGCCUGUGUUAAACCACCACCACCUCUGACUGCGCCAGUGCCUCCUCUAGCUGUAGUGAGCUGGUUUCCCCAGCAGAGGGAACACUCUCUUACUCAGCUGUAAUGAGGAGUUACCUCCAGCAGGGGCAGUCUUCCACAGCUGGUUCUCUGUUGGAGGUUUGAGCUGCCUUACUGCACCACCAUUCUUCUGUAAGCAUGAGUGUACAUGUGAUGACUAUGAAAAAUAUAUGUGUAAUAUAUAUUCUCUCUCUCUCUCUCUCUCUGUAGCAUUUAUUUACCACUCUCAUGCUUAAAAACAAGCUCUUAUUUUAAUGUGUUUUUUGAUUGAUGAAGUGUAAUUUUGAUUAUGAUGUGGGUAAUAAUGAGGGAGAGAGAUUUAUUUGCAUGAUUCCUGUUUUCUGGCACACAAGAGUGUGGCAGAAGCUGUACACACUAAACUUGAAGACUUAAAGAGUUUCAGGUGAGCCUUCCUUUGUGUGUGGACACUCUCAAGGGGACCUGUGUCGUCUAAAGGUGUUGAUUAAUAUUAGAACAUGGUCAUUGGUGUGCGUGUAUUAUGUAUUUAAAAAAACAUUGAGUUAAUAUUAAUCAGAUAUUUGCAUAGCCAGUUUGGUUAACUCGUAUUCCAAUAUUUUUGCACAGAAUUUGUAAUAUGGUGCAUGUAUGGCACGCAUAGCCAUAGAACAGAUGAACAAACCGUUGAAAAAAAAUAUAUCAUGCUAUCAAUCUGUUCCCUGUCUUGGCAAACAACAGGUGUUACUCCAUUUAUUACCCCGUUCACAUGUGUAUAUGCUGAGGAGCCAAAACUUCUUCACCCACACGACUUCUGAGAACUUCCUGGUAACCCAGCAUGCCUUUGUAAUUUCAGAAGAAAAGAAAAAAACAGGAGAAAAUGUACAUCAACCUCUACACUGUUUAAGGCAUAUUAGGACAGACCUAUGCCAAAAACCUCACUACAUCCCUUCAUCAUCUAACAUCCAAAA